CAGUAUGGAAGUAUUGUGUGGGACACCAGUGUGCCACUAGGAGCGUUUAAAAUGAAAUUAUCUGCAUUGUUUAAUGUUUUAAAGGGCUUUACAGUCAGUGUAUAAUAGCUUCAGCUAGAAAAACGGCCCGUGUGUCUGUUAUUGGUACGGGCUGUGUGUGAAAUAGUUGGUGGAUUUAAUUGUCUCUUAAGUACGGCAGGAGGCGGACUCCGUUUCCACAUACAACACCGAUCUAGAUAUGGACAUCAACUCGCAGUAACCGGAUGUCGCUGUAACCGGAUGUCGCAGUAACCGGAUGUCGAUUUGACAACAGGAGACAAUGGCGCAUGCAUGUGACGAACAGCGGAUGUCAUUCCAGAACAGUUACAAUGUACCAUUUCAAACAUCCAGUAUUUUUUCACCAGGACUGGUGAAUGCACAUUCGUUCAUAAAUCACAACAGGAGUUAUGAAAGUCCAAAUUUCGAAGCUUGUUCCCCGACUGUCCAGCUUUUUAAAGACAAACUGGCGUACAACGCUGCAAAUUCAAGACAAGGCUCGAGACUUUCGACAAACACCUGGGUUGAUCCACUGGCGUCUAGUGCAAACCCAAUUAUACAGCAGACACAUCCGAGUACACCGAAAACGAGUACCCCUUUACCGGGAAGAAACACCGCCUCCAAACGAAUGGUCCGUUUCUAUGACAAUGUGUGUGUGACGUCAGACGAUGACCCGGUUAUGACGUUCUUGCUGAAGAUGCUAAAUAAAUUAGAGGAAGAGAGGGAGGAGGAAUUGGCAAGAAGAAAGAAAGAACAUCGGAUGUGGAAGGAGAGGAGGAGAAUGAGAUUACUCACUGGCCAAAGCCUGGAAACUGAAUCGGAUACGUCAAGCGACGAUGACCUUGACCUCUCAGUGUUCUCUGUAGAGCAGUUUCAGCAGAUGAAGGUCAAAAUGGCUCAAGGUCAUUCACUUGGACCGAACAUUAAAAAAGACAUCUCAAAAACGAAUGGGGUGGCCAGUAUGGUGGAAAUACUGAAGGACCUAACGAUGGCGGAUAUAGAGCAACCAGAACACGCGGCCUGGUUGUUUGACCAGGGCAAUCACAAGACAGUAUGGUGCGUCGUCGCAGAUAUGUUGUUCUGUAUAUUCGAGAGCAAAACGUCUGAACGUCCACAGGCCGUCGUGUUGUUGCCCGGAUGUUCCGUUCGAUCACUUGUGUACAGCUCGGCGGCGACCAAACCACACCAGGGUAUGUCUAAGACGAUAUCUGGGUUGGACAAGUACCAAAUCAUCCUGGACGACUCCAGUACUCAUAAGAAAUAUUUGUUCAGCGUGCAGAAGAAAUCAGACUUACUUUGCUGGAUGGCAUUUCUCAAACCGGCAUCAAAUCUGGAGAAUGACACACAAAUCGACACAUCCGCUGAACCGAGACGACACUCUGUUAGCGGCCCUGUCCCCGUCCUUAAAGGUGAAGCACAGACUCACGUGACCCCCAAAUAUGCUCCAUCUGCCAGGAACUCCAUACGGACGUCCACAUUGGUCAAGUCAGAGUCAUUCACCAAUGGAGUGACUCCUGCAGACGCAGAAACAUCUCAAAACUCUGAUCGAGAAAGUUCGAGCACGACCUCUGGGUCGUCUCCCCCAAAAGACUCAUUGGGAGAUUUCCGAAGGAGGUUGCGACGGGAUACGGAACCAGAGAUAAUGAAAACACAGCCUGUAAAAGCGACCCAUUUUCAAAAGUCCUCCCCGCAACCAAAGAAAUCUAAUCCAUUCAGGAAACUCAGGUCGUUCGGUAGUUUAGACAGUUUAUUUAAAAAGAAAUCUUCGAAAGACACUGAUUCGACAGAUUCAAACUCGCUGGAUGAUAACGACGGUGCUUCGUCGCUGUCCUCUUCAGUUGACUUCACAAGUGUAGGUCUAGUCGAUUCCGAACCCAAGACCGGUCUCGGUCGACAGCAGAGCCGGAAGUUGUCCCGGUCCCUUGACUUUGGCAAAUCUGAAAAGGGUUUGAGUAAGGGCAUUAUUAGAACUGCUUCAGAUUUAAAAGACAAACUAAAACGCAAUAAGCCUGAGACCCCAGUGAUCCUGAAGGAUCUCCAAGAGAUACGAAUGAGUGGUUAUUUACAGCAAAAGUACCUACUCAAGUGGCAUAAACUGUGGUGCAUUGUUUGUAGGGGAUGUCUGUACGGGUUCAAAUCUAUGGCGCCCGAUGAAUCUGCAACUGUGGCAGUGGUUCUAAACAACUCAAAAGUGGAAUAUGUGUCUGAACCAGAAAAAAGGUUCAAAAAAUCUUAUGUGUUCAAAAUUUCUCAUCAGAGUCGGAAGAGUGUUUAUUUCAAUGCUGUGGACAACACUGAACUAUCAAAUUGGCUUCAAUGUUUACAAAUGGAAGCAAGUAAGGUAAAACUCGAUAAAGUGGAUAAAGUCACACCUGACUCAUCGCGUGGUUACGAACAUAUUGACGGAUAUGGUAAUCCGUCGUCAUCAGUGAGGUCAUCAUCUCAUUCACGUGUAGCUAAGGUGUCAUCAGCGCCACCUAAGGUCAAAUCUACUACACCCAGUAGAUAUAGUCCAUCGUUAGAGGAAACUAGACGAAAGUCGCUUCCGAAUGGUCCAACGAACGGUGAUCGAGAAAUCAACGGAAGUGACGCAGAUUUUUCGUCAUCAACAGAAGAUUGGGGUUUAUCCUCGUUACCUAUAAUGCCAAACAGAAACAGUUUUGGAUUACCCGUUGAGGACUUCCCCGAGCACGACCCGGCUCUCAAGGAAGUUUGGCAGAAGGACAGGAACUAUUUGUUUAAUCUAGUGCGCGCCAAGCUGAGAGGAUACAGAAAACGACGGGAGAGUGAUGUAAAUGUGGACAACCCGGGUCCUAACAAUGAGGGGCUCAUGGUGGUAAACGAAGAUGUACGCACGACAAAUCGGGAACUUCAGACAAACUCACGCAACCUUAGAAGAACAAAAUCUGUAAACGUUACGCCAUCAUCUACUUCCGCUUCCGCUCCUGGAAACAAAGCUAUCGCCAUGGCUACGAAGGUGGAUAACUCACCUGAAGCAUCUCCAGCAUCUCGGCGGAAGAAGCACAAAGCUCUGUUGGUAAAGAAAAUAGCUGCAAAAGAUAUUGAGGACCCAACCUUCACCGGAUACAUGGAAAGGAAGAAUAUAAGCGAACAAUGGCUCAGGUACUGGUUCGUCCUCAAGGGUUCCUCCUUGUUCUGUUACCUUACUCCGGACGAUUCGAUUACUGUGGAUCUUUUGGAUGUCCGCGGAUACCGUGGCGAGUGUCUUGUCGACAGGUUCAGAGGAAAACGCUUCGUCCUCCAUCUAACGCACGAGGAAUACGUGUCGGUACAUUUGUCCGUUGACAGCCGGGACGACAUGGAAGAAUGGAGGGUAGCUAUACAGGAUGCAGCGGGGGAUUCCCCUAGUCGACAGGCUGAGACGUCAGAAACAGUAGUCGUGGACCCCCAAACAGAUGGUGCAACAUACGAAGAUAAAUGCGUGUCAGUGAAGAAGAAGCUUUUGAAUGAGAUGCUACGUCAGAAACACGAGCUUGAACGGAAGCAGGCUGCUCGGCAACGGCGUUCUCGAGGAGUAGAGUCGUCCAACAAAGACCUGAGCUCAGUGGAGAAACAAAUCACGUACGCAACACACAUCCGUCAGAGACGGCUGUCUACUCAGAUCAAGAUGGAAACAAUCACAAAACAGCUACAAAGCCAGUCAACCUCCAACAAGCGCUUUCCAUUUAGUUUUGGGGGCAAGAAGAAGAAUAAUAACCAAGAACAUUUGAAAGGCCAGCUAGAGGAAUUAAACAACAAACUACAACAAAUCGACCUUGACCUUACCUCGCAUAUUAACAAAACCACGUCCAAUUCGGACUUACUUGAUAUGAACCAAAACCGGAAGUCCAAUGGUAAUGGCGUACACGAGCCUGAAUCACGUGUCAGUGAUGAUGUCACAUCCGGUGCCAGAUUACCAACCGGAAACAGCAAUAUAACAAAAGAUGACACUGAUAUGAAUAAGACAAAUACUUUGAAAAACAGUGUUCAAAAACUAGCUCAGAAGACAUUUUCUAGAUCUGUGAAAUCGAAAAAAUCAAAGCGCUCUGGUGACGGUGAUUCUCCAAUAACGAACGGGUACCUGUCAGACUCGAUGGUGAUAGAUAGGCAUCGCCAUGGCCUCGAAAAUGGAGACAUUUCCAAUGAAUACGACUCGGAGGACGGGACGGACACUCAAAAGGCGGACAGUCUGACGGACCUGACCACAACCACCUCUAACAUAAGUGACGAUACUGUGUUCGAUAACAAGUCAGAAUCAGGUGGUACAAAGUUCAAAUCCAGGAAAAGCAAUUCUUCAUACUCAUCUAAUUCAUCUACACAUUCACAGUCAUCGACUCCGAGAAAGGAGGUGGACCCAAGCAUCAUGGCAGAAAUAGACGCAUUUGAGGAUUUCACGAAACAAAUUCUUGGCACGAAAACGGUUAUGUCUUGAAAACAGCAGCGUUUCUAUCCUUGAUAGGACAAUACUCUUACUUGAUCCUUAUGGACUGGUUACUGCGUGUAUGUAAGAAUGUCGAUCGGUCUCAACGAUACCCUCCGCCAUCUUGGAUUUAUCCUCAAUUGUGAACGAAGACAUGACAUAUUCACCAGCAGUUUUCCUUGGUUAUAUGGACAGGUGGCAUUCAACGUCACGUGAACGCCAUGGCCUAUGCCAUUAUGAUGGUGUAUGUGGGUGCAAUUUUAUCUUCGGACGCCAUUCCUAAAAUGUACACUUACGAUUCCUGGUUAUCGAGAAUGGUGAUACUGACGUUAUACGCGUGAAACUUAAAGACAAUCACACCAAAAACGGAAGUCGUGUUUGUGUUCAAAUCUACCAAAGAAUCUCGGCACACACUCGAUCUGAGCCUCCAGACAAUUUACGUCAGAUGAUGUCGCCGGGUCCUAACUACACCUUACAAUGCUUGUGAGCUAAUGCGGCAGUUACGUCCCUUUAUAUGUUUUAUUGUCAUUAGUUAACUAGCCGAGUUGCUAUGGUUACCGAUGUGUAAAGUUGAACUCUCUAGAAGCGGAGGAGCGUUAUACAUUUUGGUGGCUUGUGUCCUUCAACUGAACGGUUUUUGUCCUGCUUUCAUCGGCAAUUAAGCAACGAUAUUGACGAUUAUAACCGGCCAGUUGUAUGGUCACAAAAUAAAGUGUGGCUACUGAGGCUUUGCUUUAAGUCAAUGACUGGGAGGACAGGCAAAACGUGCAAUGUAAAUUCUACUGCAGGCUUUAUCAAUAUAUAAUUAAAUUUUGAUAAUGAAUGGACAAUGUGUUUGAACACAAAUAAACAAAUGAUUAUCGAAAAUAAAAUAUAUACAUGCAUAAA